AUGAAACAACAUUUCAAUGAGCGGAGAAAGAAAAGAAAAGCUUCAGAUGUGGCUGAAAGUGAGUCAUUUGCUGCGGAGGGAGGUGAAUUGCAAAUUGGUGCAUCUAAAAAGAAUGACACUCACAUUGGUACUUAUUUUUUACCAAGAACAACUCCAGGAGCUCAACCUACUUUAAAAAGUGUGAUGCAAAGUAAAGAAGUGGUAGAAAAGUGUUAUCUUGCUAUUGCCAAGUGGUUUAUUGAUGCAUCUAUUCCUUUCAAUGCUGCAAAUUCACCGUAUUUUCAACCUGCAGUUGAUGCUCUUUGUUGUAUGGGUGUUGGAUAUAAAGUUCCUAUCAUGCAUGCUCUUCGUGGUAAUUUGUUAAAUAAGUGGGCUGAUAACGUGAAGAUACAGAUAGAGCAAUAUCGUUCUAUUUGGAAGGAUACAGGUUGUACUCUUAUGGAAGAUGGGUGGUCUGAUCGUUGUAGGAGAACUCUUAUCAACUUUUUAGUUUAUUGCCCCAAAGGAACUGUUUUCAUAAAGUCUGUUGAUGCCUCAGGUGCUUCUAAAACUGCGAAAACAUUGUUUAAGCUUUUCAGGGAAAUAGUGUUGUAUGUUGGCCAAGAAAAUAUUGUUCAAAUCGUUACAGAUAUUGCUGUGAACUAUGUUGCUACUGGAAAGUUGUUGGAAAAGGAGUUUCCUAAGUUGUUUUGGUCUCCUUGUGCGGCACACUGUAUUAAUUUGAUGUUGCAAGACAUGGGGAAAUUAGAGGAAACAAAAUACAGGUGGAAAAGAAGUGGAAAAGAAAUACUCCGUCUUGCUCCAACCCACUUUGCUAGUAAUUUCAUUGCAUUGCAAAGUAUUUUGUCUCAUAAAGAUGCACUAAGAGCCAUGGUAACAUCCAAAGAGCGGACAACCACUACUUAUUCCAAAGAUGUCAAGGCAAAGCAAUUUGUGAAACAAGUCUUAGACUCAAGCUUUUGGUCUACAUGUGCUGACAUAGUGAAAAUUACAAAACCUCUUGUACGUGUGUUUAUUGUUGAUAGUGAAGAUAAACCAGCUAUGGGAUAUCUCUACCGAGCUAUGUAUAAAGCAAGAGAGGAGAUUGAGAAGAGGUUUAGAAGAAAUAUGCUGAAAGUAGAGCCUUAUUUGAAGAUCUCGGAUAAUUGUUGGGAUGCAGAACUUCGGAAAAAUCUUCAUGCUGCUGGUUAUUGGUUAAAUCCAUCUAGUAGAUUUGGUCCGGAAUAUGAAAAAAAAAAACAAGUCCACCACCCAAGGCCUUUUGGAUGUCAUUGA